AAUAGUUUUCAACAAAAAGGCAUUUAUAUGGACUGUGCUAGCUGUACUGGUCGUGGUUGGCAUCGUGCUUGGAUUGGUAUUCGGCUUAAAAAGCGACAAGCAAAUCGUUGGAGCCGUGGUUUCUAAUGGAAGAGGUUGUGCCGAUAUAGGCAGUUUCGGUGCCAAAGUUCGGUCUCGGCAAACUGGUAUUAUCCUAAACGAUGAAAUGGAUGACUUCUCGACUCCAGGACUCGUCAAUGGCUUCGGCAUACCUGCCUCGCCCGCUAAUUAUAUACAGCCUGGAAAGAGACCCAUGUCGUCCAUGUGUCCGACAAUAAUACUCGAUCACGAUGGCAAUGUACAAAUGCUGGUUGGCGCGGCUGGCGGUAGCAAGAUCACUACUUCGGUUGCAACGUCAAUAAUCAAAUACCUGAUUUUCAAAGACUCUCUAAGUGAGUCCGUUAACGGAGGCAGACUACACCAUCAAUUGGCUCCAAUGCAAGUAGACUUUGAAACCGAAGUAGACGCGCCAAUCAAAGAGUAUCUGAACACAGUGGGUCACGUAUUAAAUGAGUUGGAGUCUGGAUCCGGAUUUGCAGCUGUUACUGCUAUCGGAGUACGUGACGGUACCCCAGAACCAUUUUUUGAUCGACGGCGGGUUGGAAGCACUUCGACAGUAACUCUUCGAAAUAAAAUGCAGCAUUAAGCGCCUAUGUAAGAGUAUUACACCCGUCACAAGACUAUGUGUUUGUUCUGUGAUAAUUAUUACAAACACAUUAAGGGCCGGUUACUCAAUGUCUGGUUAACACUAAUCUGCGGUUAAACAUCGUUGUCGACGUUACC